CGGGCUCCGGGCCGGAAGGGAGGUGGCCGCCGCACCAUUCUUAAAGGGGCCGAGGAAGAGGCGAAGGGCUGCAGACUGUCGGAAGGAAAAUGAGUGAAUCUUUGGUGGUUUGUGAUGUUGCUGAAGAUUUAGUGGAAAAACUGAGAAAGUUUCGUUUUCGCAAAGAAACAAACAAUGCUGCCAUUAUAAUGAAGAUUGACAAGGACAAACGCCUGGUGGUUCUGGAUGAGGAACUUGAGGGUAUUUCACCGGAUGAACUUAAAGAUGAACUACCUGAACGGCAACCUCGAACCUUCAUUGUGUAUAGUUAUAAAUAUCAACAUGAUGAUGGAAGAGUGUCAUACCCUCUGUGCUUUAUUUUCUCCAGUCCUGUUGGAUGUAAGCCUGAACAACAGAUGAUGUAUGCUGGAAGUAAGAAUAAGUUAGUCCAAACAGCCGAAUUAACCAAGGUAUUUGAAAUAAGAAAUACUGAAGACCUAACUGAAGAGUGGUUACGUGAGAAACUUGGAUUUUUCCACUAAUGUGAACUUCUGUGUUUCUAAAGUAUUUAUGUAUUAACCUGACCAUACUGGAACCAGACAUAAAUACUUAUUUAUGCCUAAAAAUGCACUGUUACUUACAGUUUAUUUCCCGCAGUAAAGAAAAAUUCAUUUGUGCAAAGUUUGAACAAAGAGGAAAUCAUCUUCAUAGUAAUGAAACUUUGUAAAGUGUUUCCUUAUAUUUGUAAUUGUUAGGUGGACCCCUUUUCUCCAGGGACUUUUUGCACUCUUGUGACUAAUUUGUAUUACUAUGGUUCCGAAUUUGUUACUAUUUACAGACACCAUUGGAAAGUGGGUAUUAGAUUGUGAUAGACAGCUGUUGCCUCCUUUUGACAAAUACUGGAUAUUAGCAGUUCAUAUAUGAAAAUAGCAUAUUAUCACUCGUCGAAUUGUUGACAUUAAUUUGGAGUUAAAGACUUGACUACCCAAUUUUGAGCCAUGAGUAGUAACUAAUUUAGUGUAACCUGCAUUCUAAGUACAUUUUUCACCAAUGUCAUACCUCUUUUGAUUUCCUAUAUCUUUUAAAUCAAGUCUAGAAACUAUGUUCAUCAAUCAGUCAUUCUUAAGGUCUGGGAGUUAGAUUUUAUGAUAGAAUAUGACUUAGUUUUUCUUCUUAUGGAAAAUAGCAUCUUAGUCUUAGAAAUUGGUGGGUUGUAAUAACCAAGGGCUUCCUUCCUGUUUGUGUUAUUUCUAGAUAGUUUCUAAUCUAGGUUAAUAACAUUUUAUUUAUAAAGCAUCUCCCAAUGUCUUGUGAACACUCAUUAUUUUAAGUAUGUUAGUACUGUACCUUUGAUUUGUUAGUUUUAUAGUUUAAGAUUUUUACACUGCCAGUAUUCUAGAUUUGGUGAAAUUAACUUUUUUAAAGGGUCCAAGUAGAACAAUUUUCUAAUGUAUGUGUAUCUGAAAUUUAUAAUAAAAUCAGCCUCUUAUUUUUAAAAUUCCAACUAUCCAUUGGCAUUGGUGAAUAUAUGGCAGUUGAGAGUGAAAAUUUGGGGUGUAUUUCUGAUUAGUUUUGUGCCAUAUAUAAACUUACUUGUCUUAAAAGACUUGGCCAGAGUUGAUAACAACACAUCAAUAGAAAUCUCAUCUCCUACCCUAAAUGUCAGCACAUAUUCUACACUGGACAUGUGAAUGAUUGACUAAGCCAGUCAUGUUAGAUGACAUCACCCUUGGCAUAAAAUGAGAGUGCUAAUACAUAGCAUACUGUAAAAACAACUUAAGAUUCAGAAGUUGCAGAGGCUAACCCAAUUGGAUGAGUGAAUUCUUAUGUUAAGAAUAUCGUAAUCAUUUCAAAACUAGCAAAGGCAUUAUUUUUAUGUUGGCAUAUGCUCCAUACAUAGGUCCUUCGCAUUUCAUUUUUGAGGGUUCUGUGCCAACUUUAAUAAAGAAAUAAAGAUGGAAUUUUCAGAACAUUGAAUAGAGCAUCUUCGGUUCCCAACACCAUUUGGCUUCACUAAUCAAGAAGUCAGGAAACAAUCACAAGUUGGAGAUGAGGAAUAGAGUAGGUGUUUGUUUUGGUUAAUGAAUGGAAAGUCCUUUAUUUCAAUUUCCAAAGAGCGAAACUGUCCAGAAAGUUUAAGAAUUUCUCGAAUAUUUUGAUUGUGGAGAAUACUUUGCUCAUAAUUCUGCAGAAAUGCAAGUGGAGAGUAGUUUUUGAAUGAAGGAAAUGAGAUUGUGUUUUACCUAAUUUUCAUCAGUAAAGAAACUGGUGCUGUAAGAAUGUAUUUUUUUAAAUGAGGUUUCUUAUUUUGUCUUUCAUACUUCAGAUUUGGUGGUUUUGUUUGUUUGUUUGUUUAACUUGGGAAGUCCUCCAUAAUGUCAGAAAGUACUGACCUGCCAACACAGAACUCUUAGUUCCCUUAUUCUCUAGCAGGAGCAAAGAGCUAUGAAAAAAACGUUCUUUUUUGAGCUUGUUUGGCUCCUAUACCAAUAACGCAUGUUUUGCAAAACAUCCUAUUGUUCACUUAGGGGAUCAGUAGACCGUGUUUUUUUAUUCUGCAUAUCCUAUGGGAAGAUCAAAUCCCGGGUUCUAAAGUAUUUCUCACAUAUUUAUGUAAACUUCCCUUUAAUCUAACUAAAUUUCAUAUUGUUCUUUUUUUUCACCAUGUAUUUCCUACUUAAGUGUGUUUUUCUGCCUUCCAAAAAUAGUAACUACAAAUUUCAUAAUUCCAGUUUUUACAUUCCAUAUCUUUCUAGUAUAACCAUUCCCAUUCAACCUUAAAUCUUAAUCUUUCCUUUUUGUCACCAGCUUUUUCCUUGGAAACUCCCACACGGUCUUUUUUUUUUUUUUUUGCCUUGUUUAUUUUAAUUAAACAUGUAAAGGUUAAUAAACAGACAUAGUCCAGAGUUAGUAGGUUGAUAGUAUAACAUUUAUUAAAAUAAUGCUAUGGGUUGUUAGAAACAGCAAAGAACCAAAGAAUUAAAAUGCGAGCUAUGUAAAAUCCAACUAAAAUCCCAAAGUGUCUAAUGUAGACAUUCAUUAGCUAACUAAAAGCCCCCAAAAGACAAGACACCCAGUGUAAUAAAGUACUGCAAAACAAUUGGCAAUUUGCAGUUAUCAGUACUGUCCUAUGAAGUCUUCUAAGUCAGCAUUAGGUUUUUACCGGUCUGGUCUGGAGUAAGUUCUGCAUAGCAUCUAAUGUCAAAAGAGAACCAAUGAGCGAUCUCAGUAUGAAUUUAGUAUGGUUUUUGUGGCAACAUAAGUAACAUAAGAAGAAAACGCUCCUCAGGUUACUAUGCUGGAAUUCCAAACUGUCUGAGUUUUGAAUAAUAGUCACCUUUUCUGGUAUUGAGGCAAUUACGUUAGGAAAAAAAGUUGAUUGUUUUCAUUUAACUGACUUCUGGAAUAAACGUUUGAAUUGUCUAUUUCUAAACAGUUUACUAAAUGCCUAGUACAGUUAAACAUACUCGUUUUAAGAGAGUGUUGCUAAAUUUUUUAUUGUCGUUACCAAAUAAUCUAUGUGGCAAAAUGUCUAUCAGCACUUUCCUCUCUCUUUUAUCUCCUAUUUUCAGGAGUCAGUGGUAGCCAUAAACCGUAUCCUGGUCUGACAUUGUAACCAAACAUUUCUGGGCAGGGGAGUUUAUUGCCAAAUUCACUUUGGCUGUCCUCCUCCCACCCAUAUAUGUAGAUGCUAAGGAAGGUGUACUUAAAAACUUGUUUGGACUACUUUUAAAUCUCAAACAGUGUCAUUAAUCCGUUUGUGGACUAGUGAUGAAUAGAUAUUUUCAUAAAAGUUUAAAUGCUGAUAUUUGGUGGAAGUAGAGAGUAACUCGUAUUCUGUCAGCUCAAGUAUUUUUAGUAUGGUUGGACUCCCUCUUUGUUCAGUGGACUGAUAAUACUGGAAUCUACAAAGUUUGAGCCUUUACAACUUAACGUGAAGAAGUGUUUCAAACAUUUCUGGACAAAUCCUAUUUUGUAUUUCUUGGAAGAGUGUAAAUAGUCUUCUAGGCCACUUAAAACCAAUGGUCCCAAAUUGAGUAUUGUUGAGAAACUUGUUUCUUUUUAGGCCAUUUGACAUUUCACAUCAGUGAGCAUAUUCCUGUAAUGUUU